AUGUUCUCUUGCGCCAACUACGAGCGAGGAUGCAGGGGCCGCUGCAACGCUAUGAACGGACGAUGCGAUAGCUGCCACACACUCAACCUACAAGUCCGCAGCAACAGCGCUUCAUCCACAUCAUCAACCAACGGCCUGCCAUCGGCUGCCUACUCGGCAAUGACCAACUCCUUCGCAUCGCUCUCCCAGCUCAACUCAUCCUCAUCAUCGCAAAGAGCGCAAUAG